AGAAAUUGCCGUUUUACUUGCCAGGGGUGAAUGGUGAGCGGAACUACUUCAGUAUUGUCGGCUUGGGAAGUCGGAGAUUAUUGCAAUGAUGAACUGUUUGCUGUGUUCAAAACCAACCAAUUUACCAAAGCCCUGUGGCAGCAGCUGGAGCCCAUGGUUACUGGCAAAAUUCUAUUUACACCAGAUACCCCUCUUACUAAUAAACUCAUGGACAGGGCUAAUAUGUUCUUCUCUGACUUGGGAAGAAUAAGGAAUGUGGCACAAGAUUGGUUGGCUUACUCUCCAACUUUAAAGAACUACCUUAGCACCAGUAGCAACAUUCAACUUUUAAGGGAUAUAUUAAACACUACAAGCAGAGAACAGCUUGCUCGUCUCCCAGUUCUCAGUAUUGCUGUGUCCCAGUUGAAUAUUACUGAUGCUAUGUGGGAGCAGUGGAAGAACAGUUCAACCAGAGCCUACUUCCUCAGAUACCUAGAUAGUUCAGACUAUGAUGCCAAUGGACUGCCCAGGUAUAACUGGAAGGAUUCCUUAAACUACACUGACGUGAUGAUGAGGGCCAUACUCAAAGCAUCCCAGUGCUUUGAGUUUGAAAAGUUUGAAGGACAUCCCAAUGAAACUGAAAUCAUCAAGAGGAGCCAUGAACUGAUAGAAACUAACCAAUUUUGGGCAGCCAUUGUGAUAGACAAUGUGGACAAUGAAACCACCGUCCUGCCCACACAUGUGAACUACAGACUGCGACUGAACCGGGAAAAAACUGACAACACCAGGCAAAUCAUGGACAAAUACUGGCGGCCAGGUCCUAGAGCCAGUCCUUUCCCAGACCUGAAGUACCUGGUCUUUGGGUUUUCUUAUAUCCAGGACCUGCUGGAGAGUGCUAUCAUUGAGGAACACACGAGCAGUGAGGACAGGAUUGGUGUCUUUGUACAGCAGUUCCCGUACCCAUGCUAUAUCUAUGACAAGUUCACUAUGGCUAUCUCCAGAAGUAUGCCACUGUUCAUGGUACUGGCAUGGAUCUACACAGUGGCGAUGGUGGUGAAAGGUGUUGUCCAUGAGAAGGAGAGGCGUCUCAAGGAAGUGAUGAAGAUCAUGGGACUGGGGAAUGGCAUCCACUGGCUGGCCUGGUUCAUAAACUCCUUAGUGAUGAUGACUAUAACAGUCAUACUGCUAGUCAUAACUUUACAUUUUGGCAGAGUACUAGAACACUCUGACCCCAUUGUGUUGUUUGUCUUCCUUAUGGCCUUCACGGUAGCCACCAUCAGUCAGUGCUUUCUGUUCAGUGUGUUCUUCUCCAAGGCCAACCUUGCUGCUGCAUGUGGGGGAUUUCUGUACUUUGUGCUGUACCUGCCUUACACUCUGAUUAUACAGUGGGAGGAAUACAUGAGCACAGGAGACAAGGCAGCCUCAGCCCUGCUGUCCACUGUAGCAUUUGGUCUGGGCUGUGGUUACUUUGCCAAGUAUGAGGAGCAGGCUGUAGGUAUCCAGUGGAGUAACAUUGCCAGCAGUCCACAGCCAGAUGAUGGCUUCAGUAUGGCUUUCUGUAUCUUCAUGAUGCUGGUAGAUGCUGUCAUUUACUGGAUACUUACCUGGUACAUUGAGGCUGUCUUUCCAGGUGAGUAUGGCAUCCCCAGACCAUGGUACUUUCCUGUCACAAGGUCCUACUGGUGUGGCUUUCAGCAGAAGGAGACCAAUACUGAGGAAGGGUUCAAUGGACAUGUGGGGAGAGUGACAGGGAACUAUACCGUGUCUCAUAACUAUGAAAUGCAGGGCAGACAGGAAGAUUCAGCAGACAUUGAAUCAGAACCAACAAAUCUUCCCUUAGGAGUUGGACUACGGAACUUACGUAAAGUAUACAGGAGAGGCCAGAAGGUGGCAGUAGAUGGCCUCACACUGAACUUCUAUGAGGGGCAGAUUACAUCUUUCCUUGGUCACAAUGGAGCGGGGAAAACAACCACAAUGUCAGUGCUGACAGGUCUGUUCCCACCCACUGAAGGCACGGCUGUGGUGUAUGGCAAAGACAUCAGGACAGACAUGGACACCAUCAGGAAUAGUCUGGGGGUGUGUCCUCAGUAUAAUGUCCUUUUUGAUGGGCUGACAGUAGAGGAACACAUGUGGUUCUAUGCCAGGUUGAAAGGAAUGUCUGAAGCGGAAGUGAAACAGGAGAUGGAGGGGAUGAUCAAAGAUGUCGGACUCCCCCACAAGAGAGACGAGCUGUCGAAAAACUUAUCAGGUGGGAUGAAGAGAAAGCUGUCUGUGGCAAUAGCUUUUGUUGGUGGUUCUAAGACAGUGAUUCUAGAUGAACCCACAGCAGGUGUGGACCCCUAUGCCAGGAGAGCAAUUUGGGAUCUUUUGGUCAAGUACAGAAAAGGUCGUACCAUCAUCUUGUCCACCCACCACAUGGAUGAAGCUGAUAUCUUGGGUGACAGGAUAGCCAUCAUCUCCCUGGGCAAGCUGCGGUGCUGUGGCUCCAGUCUGUUCUUAAAGAACAAGUAUGGCAGUGGUUACUAUCUGACCAUGGUCAAGGCUAAUAGUGAUGAGAAGCCAGCAGACAGACCAGUCACUGCUCUCAGUAACAGAACAGUGUCAGAUAUCAAGGCACAAUUUGUCUCUGAGAAAGAUGAAGGUGUUGCAGAUAUGAGUGACACAGGGAGCAAGUCUGAGCACAGUGAUAGUGACCAAUCAGCCACACCUCCACCAGAGUAUGAGGAUCCUGUUCCCUGUGUCAAAGACAGCAGUGAUGUCGCGGUCUUCGUCCAGAAGUUCAUCCCCAGUGCCAAACUUGUGGAAGACAUGGGUACGGAGCUCUGCUUUCAGCUGCCUGAGGAAGGGACCCACACGGGGGCAUUUGAGGCCCUCUUCAGGGCCCUGGAGAGUAACUUGACCAAACUUGGCAUCACCAGCUAUGGCAUAUCAGAUACAACUUUGGAAGAGGUGUUCUUGAAAGUGGCUGAAGAGAGUGGGGUAGAUGAUGUCAAUGAAGAACAAACACGCAAUGCAUUAGAACGGUACACUGAAGGUGGUAAAAUUGCCCGUCCUGUGACCCGACUUAGUUUCCGUAAAAAGAAAUUGGAUUUUUUCAAGAAGUCAAAGCCUGUGUUGAACAUCAGUGACACCAAUGAGCUUGUGGACAGUGACUUUGAAGAUGCAGACUCAGUGGCCUCUAUGCCAGUCAGUGAGGUCAGUACAGCCCAGGGUGGCGCGGGCUCCCACAAGGUGACUGGUCUGGCUCAUACCAAGGACCAGUUCCUGGCGCUGUUUGUGAAAAGGUUCCACCAUGUCAGGAGGAGCUAUAAAGGAUUUGUGUGUGAGAUCCUCCUGCCAGCAAUAUUUGUCUGUAUUGCUAUGAUCUUCACUAAGAUAAUCCCUGUGAUCAAAGAGAACCCAGCAUUGGAGCUUCAACCCUGGAUGUAUGUCCCUAUUACUGGGACCAACCCUCAUCUUACCGUGUUCUACACCAACGAUGCACCAGGGUCGAUGUUGGCGGACAGUUUAGAACGGCAGAUUAGAUCUCCUCUAGGCAUCGGGACAAGAUGUAUGAAUAGCAGUGUGUACUCCAUCAGAGGCUACCCCUGCACACCUGCCUCUUCUGCAGAGAGGUGGACCCCAUCCCCUGCUGUGACUGGCAAUACCAGUCUGGACUCUCCAUCAUGUUCAUGUGACACAGGCUAUCAGACCUGUCCUCCAGGUGCUGGAGGUCCCCUGGGGUCGUCCAGAGUGAUGGACAACACUGACCGCUUGGUGAACAUGACAGGAAGGAAUGUCAGUGAUUGGCUGGUCAAGACGAUGGAGGAUUACAAGAAAAGAAGAUAUGGUGGCUAUUCCCUUGGUGAACGUAACCAGCUUGUCCAGCUGAACUCCUCUCAGCUGUAUCAAGUGGUAGACAGAUUAUCAAGAGCAGUUAACAAUGGCCAGCCUGUGUUGAAUGGAAAUGAAUCUAUCUGGAGUGACAUUGACGCUCUCAUUAAAAAUGUGGCUGUGCAAAACAAUGUAAAGGUCUGGUUCAACAACAAGGGAUGGGCUGCAAUGGCGUCCUAUAUGAAUGCCAUGAAUAAUGUCAUCCUGCGUUCAAAGCUUCCACCUGGUAAAGACCCAGCACAGUAUGGUAUCACAGUCAGUAACCACCCAAUGGCUCCCACCAAUAAACAAAUAGAGAGAGACACUCUGAACUCUGCCUGGAUUUCUGUUCUGGUGGCAAUUGGGGUGAUAUUUGCCAUGUCCUUCAUCCCAGCCAGCUUUGUUCUUUAUCUCAUUGAGGAACGUGUCUCCAACUCCAAGCACCUGCAGUUUGUUAGCGGUGUAAACAGGGUCACAUACUGGGUGUCACACUUGGCCUGGGAUAUUAUGAAUUACUCAGUGUCCAUGGUGUUGUGUAUUCUGCUGUUUUUGGCCUUCAAUGAGAGAUCCUAUGUUUCCCCAACAAAUGCUCCAUGCCUUGUUCUGCUACUCUUCUUAUAUGGCUGGGCCAUGAUACCAAUGAUGUUUCCUUUCAACUACUUAUUCAAAGUUCCAAGUACAGCUUUUGUGGCUCUGGCCUGUGUAAAUGUCUUUCUGGGAGUGACGUCCACCCUGUCCACUUAUGUCCUGGAGUUCUUUAGUGAUGACCAGGAACUUGUGCAGAUCAACACAGUGCUGCGGCAGGUGUUUCUUAUUCUUCCCCACUACUGCCUGGGGCGGGGCCUGAUAGACAUGGCCGCCAAUCAACUGAUUGCUGAUGUUGCAGGGAUAUAUGUGGCUGGCACAGCAGUGAAGGAUCCAUUUGAAUGGGAUCAAGUUGGUCGCAACCUGUUUGCACUAGCAGUGUCUGGUGCUGCUUGGUUUGGUUUUACUCUGCUCAUAGAGUACAAGUUCUUCUGCACAUCAAGGCUGUCUAGUAAUGAGAAUGCAGUAGAUGAUAAUGAAGAUAUUGACGUGGCCAGGGAGAGGAGAAGAGCAAUGUCAGCUGAGGCCAGGUCGGACAUACUGCGGGUGGAAAAUUUAACAAAGGUGUUUCACAAGCGGCGGAAGGGCAAGUUUGUGGCAGUGGACAGGUUGUGUUUCAGUGUCCCCAAGGGAGAAUGUUUUGGCCUGCUGGGAGUCAAUGGGGCAGGGAAGACCACCACCUUUAAAAUGUUGACUGGGGAUGAGACGGUCACCAAGGGCAAUGCUCACCUGGCAGGACACAGUAUUCUGUCAGAAAUGCCCUCUGUCCACCAGAAUCUUGGCUACUGCCCCCAGUUUGAUGCUCUGGACAUGUUGGUCACUGGGAGAGAACACCUAGAAUUCUAUGCCAGGCUGAGAGGAGUACCUUCUUCUGAAGUAAAACAGGUUGCCCAGUACUGUAUAAAAAAGCUGGGGUUAAUCCGCUAUGCUGACAAGCCUGCAGGGGAAUACUCUGGAGGAAACAGGAGAAAACUCUCCACUGCCAUAGCUCUCAUUGGGAACCCACCAGUUAUAUUUCUGGAUGAACCUACUACUGGUAUGGACCCCAAAGCUAGAAGAUUUCUGUGGAACUGUAUUACUAGUAUACUGAAAGACGGCAGGUCCGUCAUUCUCACAUCUCACAGCAUGGAAGAGUGUGAGGCACUGUGUGGUAGAAUAGGCAUUAUGGUCAAUGGCAGGUUCAGAUGUAUGGGCAGUGUACAACAUCUGAAGAAUAGAUUUGGUGAUGGCUACACUGUGAUACUACGUGUGAAGGGUCACAGUCCAGACCUACAGCCUGUGAUGAACUACAUCCAGCACACUUUCCCUAAUGUGAUGCUGAAGGAGAAGCACCACAACAUGUUACAAUAUCAGCUGCCCUCACAGGGACUACUCCUGUCUUAUCUAUUUGGAAAAUUAGAAUCUGUUCGCCAGGAGUUAGACAUAGAAGAUUACUCAGUGAAUCAGACUACAUUAGACCAGGUUUUCAUUAAUUUUGCCAAACUUCAAGUGGAUGCUCAAGAUGUUCCUGAGGAUGCAGAGGAUGCCAUGGAAACUUGCAAAGAAGUCAACACAGCUCCAUCUUCAAUGACAGAGCAAUUCACAGUUAGUGGUUCAGCAUGUGACCUUGACCUUAUACAUCAGUCCCAAUUAUAUUCUCAAGUUGGAGAUUUCUAUGAUGAUGUCAGUAUAACAGGGAGCACUGCAGAACUUAUACGCAUUGACAGCAGGCGAAGUAGCAUGCGGAGUACUAUGACUCCAGUUGAAGAUGUAUAACUACUAGUAGUAUGACUACAAUGACUCCAGUUGAAGAUGUAUAACUACUAGUAGUAUGACUACUAUGACUCCAGUUAAAGAUGUAUAACUACUAGUAGUAUGACUACAAUGACUCCAGUUGAAGAUGUAUAACUACUGGUAGCAUGACUACAAUGACUCCAGUUGAAGAUGUAUAACUACUGGUAGCAUGACUACAAUAACUCCAGUUGGAGAUGUAUAACUACUAGUAGUAUGACUACAAUGACUCCAGGCAAGGUUUUUGUAAAAAAGAAAGUGUGUUGACUAUGGAGCUUACCACUGGGAGAUUUACUCUUUUGUGCUUUGAAAAUCAACUUAAUUGUUAUUUAUUCAAUAAUUCACAUAUACUUAAUGAUUUAUAUGUAUACAGUGGCUUGAAAGCUUCAGAUAAAUUUAUUUAAAAUGUAUGAGCUGAAAGCCAAGUACAUCACUCAUUAGUUAAUCUACAAAUAUCCACAUUUAUUACUUUUUGAUUGAAAGCCUCAUUAUUUGUGUCAAGUGUCAGUAUGUACGUCUGUAUCACUUACAAAACAUCCACCUUGUUUACAAAUAUAUAGGAUUUACAUAGGGUUGAUUGUAUUUAGAGAUUAUUUUUACACUUGUAUUUAAUAUGGUUUAUUCUUACUAUACAUUGUGUUAUGUCCAUUGAUGUUUGAAGUGAUAAUGGAAGUAAUUAACUCAUGCAAUGUAUCUCUGACAUGUACUGUAUCUCUGACAGUAUGUUCUAUGUAACAUGUGUAAGAAGGCAGAUACUUACAGCCUGUCUUUCUGUUUGCUGUUUUAUUUCAGUCUAGCAAAAAUGUAACUGUGAUAUUAAUACAUGGAGGAAUUUCCUUCACUUAUACAGAACAAAACUGUCUAUCUCUAAAAGUCUAAAGUAUGGACUUUAAAUGUGGUUUGUUUUUCUUCUGACACGGUUUACAUUAAUGGAUGGCCAUGCAGUUUUCUUUGUGAAUUUUCUGUUUAUAGUCACCCUUGAAAAGAAUUUAGUACAUUUUGUCUAGCUUUACAUUUUUUCAAAUCCUGAAACAUCACUAUCAAUUUUAAUAUGUGCAUUGAAGGACUUUUUAGGAUAUUGAAUUCAAAAAGGUGCUUUGAUUUGCAAUUAUUUGUUUCUUUGUAGGUGUUAAAAUAUAGCACAGAACCAUUGAAGAGAAACCAACGUUUAAAUAAAUGUGUUAAAAUAUAUUAUGAGAUGAGAACUGCCUUACACAGGCCAAUGCAGCAUAAUAGCCAAGUAUGUGCACUCCACGGGGAAAUUCUACCUUUUAACACAGAUGUAACGCAUUAAGUUAGUACAGAGAAUACCUUAGUGUAAGCCAUUAAAGGUAUAGACAAGCCGAAAAAAUAUUGCCCAGUCAUACGUUGAAUUUUAUGUCACUAUUAUGUUAAACCAACGAAAGGAUGAACCUGUGUGCUACUUAUUACCUCAAAGAGAGAUGAAAACUGUAUGUGGUGAACUGCAAUAAAAAACUCAUGAAAACA